AAGGGGAACGAGGACGUGGAGCUAUCUCCGGACUGUGUCUACAUCGUCGAUGGUCCAUUGGACAUCCUGAUUUGGAUUGGAAAGUCAUCAACGAACGCGCACGUUCAAGCUGCAAAGGAGGCUGUACAGAAUUUUCAGAGGUAUGAAGGAUCGCCAUCGGGGAGCGAGGAGGUGAAGCAGGGGGAGGAAGCUGAGCGGCAUGUGGCGCAGCUGAGGAAGUUGCGAUGCUUGCUGCCAGGAGGGGGAGAGGCGAAGGAGUACAGUCGAUCUUCUGACAAGACCGAGAAGACCAUUGUUCCCCUGUCAUCAACGCGAGAUCCGCAGUUGAAGGAGCCAGCAGUGCAGGAGACGUCAAGUCCGUCCACGUCCGACUCCGGGGACGUGUCCAACAAGAGGAGUUUCCCUCAAGGAGGAGCAAGCUGCACCGUCCAAACCCCACGAGGCGGAAGGUCGGAUGCUCCCAUCUUCAACAUGAAGCUAUCGUUGAAUCUGCCGACUGCUCAAGUUUCUCCCGUGAAGGAGGCGGUAGAAGAAACCAAGACUUCUCCGACCCCUUCAAGUCCCUACAGUCAGGAUGGUCAAAUGAUGCGGAUGUUUGAGAUUGCAGAGGAUCACAGCAAGUGGGAUGAGCUCGACAACUUCGAUUCCGAUGACUUGUGGCCGAGCAAGGCCUUCAUUCUCCUAGAGCGAUCGGAGGAUGCAGUGCCUGCGUACGUCUGGAUCGGCAGCGAGUUCGAAGGGGUUGAGGAUGUCGAUGAUGAGGAGGAAUGUCAUGAGUUUGCAAGGAAGUCUGUCAAAACCUUCACCAAGGCUCUCGGCAUCACCAUCGAAGAUCUUCAUGUUGUAACCGAGGGACAAGAACCUGACUCGUUCUGGGAUUUGUUCGAGCUUGGUUAGAGGUGUCCCGACACGUUAUUGUUCUUCAUCUAACUCAAUAUCAUGUUGAAAGUGAAUCAACCCGUUAAA